AUGCGCAUUGAGGAGCUCGUCAUCGACGGGUUCAAAAGUUACCCCGUGCGCACGCAUGUUCGGGGAUUCGAUCCGAGUUUCAAUGCCAUCACUGGGCUCAAUGGAAGUGGCAAGAGCAAUAUCCUGGAUGCCAUUUGCUUCGUGUUGGGUCUGACCAACCUGAGCUCGGUGCGGGCGUCGAAUAUGCAGGACCUGAUCUACAAGCGCGGACAGGCUGGCGUCACGAAAGCGUCUGUGACGAUCGUUUUCGAUAACAGUGACAAGGAGCGCUCGCCCGUCGCGUUUGAAAACUAUGCCACCAUUACCGUGACGCGUCAGGUGGCGAUGGGUGGCGCAUCCAAGUACCUGAUCAAUGGCCACAAGGCGACGCAGCAAGCCGUGCAAAAUCUGUUCCAAAGCGUCCAGCUCAACAUCAACAACCCCAACUUUUUGAUCAUGCAGGGUCGCAUCACCAAGGUCUUGAACAUGAAACCCGCCGAAAUCCUGUCGAUGAUGGAAGAGGCCACAGGCACACGCAUGUUUGAGGAGCGCAAGGAGCGUGCAUUCCGGACGAUGGCCAAGAAAGAUCAAAAGGUCCGUGAAAUCUCCGCGCUGCUCGAAGAAGAGAUCCGGCCUAAACUUGACCGCCUACGGGAAGAAAAACGCGCGUUUCUUGAAUACCAAAAAGCCACGUCUGAGCUCGAGCGCCUCGAGCGCCUUGCUAAGGCGCACGAAUGGCAAACGCUGCACACGCAGAGAGAGCAGUCGGGCCUCGAAGAUACGCGCCAACGCAUCCGCGACAAGCAGGCGGAGAUGACUGCGUGGGCCCAGCACAUUGAAAGCCUACGCACAGAAUUGGCCGCGUUAGAAGAACAACAGCGUGGACAAAAAAGUACGGGGCCUGAUGCUAAGCAGCUGCAUCACCAGCUGGUCGAGGCUACGGCGCAGCACGAUUUCCGACAAGCGGCACAGGAAGAAGAGGCACGCCGCGUCGAGGCAGACACGCACGCUCUUGACGCGGCCAAAAUGGCCCUCGAGAAGCAGGAAAAAGACCAUGCCUCUCUAUCCUCCUCCUUCGCUACCUUUAAAGAUGCAUUCGACAAGGAGAGUGCCUCUCUUGCUGAACAAGAAUCCCUCUUACAGACGUUGCUGACCGGCGUCGGCACACAAGAUACCCAGGGCGGCUUCCAGGGCCAGCUGGCGAAGGCGCGCGAGAACGAGACAGCCGUCAAGUCAGAGCUGCAGCAGAUACAAGUACGCAUGGAGCACCUGGAGCGCGAGCUCCGCACCAAAGAACCACAGGCACAGCAGGAACGGCACGCAAGUCGCGCGCUUCACACCAAGCUGGAGCGGGCGCAACAGGCCGCGGAAGCGGCGCAGGCGCAGCUCGAUGCGCAUGCAUGGGAUGCUCGGCGCUUCGAGCAGCUACGUACGCAUCGCAUGCAGCUCCAGGACGACAUGGCGCGCCUCUCCUCCGAGAGGCGCGCCUUAGAGGACCGCCUUCCAUCGGCUCUGCAGUUUACGUAUGCGGAUCCUUCGCCUGACUUUGAUCGCAGCCGCGUCAAGGGCCUAGUGGCAAGUCUAGUGCACCUCGAUGCCGAGCGUGCGAAGUUCGCGACGGCCCUCGAAACAUGUGCCGGUGGCCGUCUGUACAGCGUCGUCGUCGAGGAUGAGCAUGUGGGUGCCCAGCUCCUGGCACACGGCCAGCUCAAGAAACGCGUCACGCUCAUUCCCCUAUCCAAGAUCCAGCCGCAUGUCGCGUCGUCGCAGCGUGUGCAGGCGGCCCAGAAACUCGCACCAGGCCAUGUUGACUUGGCCCUCUCGCUCAUUGGGUACGAAGACGAGGUGGCCAAGGCCCUCGAGUACGUCUUUGGCUCGACGCUUAUCUGCCGCGAUGCUGCGACGGCCAAGCGCGUCACAUUUGACGCGGCCGUACGCAUGAAGAGCGUCACGAUGGACGGCGACGUCUAUGACCCCGCAGGCACACUCUCCGGCGGCAGCGCCCCGUCGUCAGGAAGUCACAGUGUCCUCCUACGCAUGCAAGAUGUGGCGCGCAAAGCCGCCCAGUGGCAUGAGGCGCGUGCUGCGUACGAAGCGACGCAUACAGAAUGGGACGCACUGCAAGCACAGCACGCAGCAUACCAGGAGCUCGUAUCGCACGUGGAACUCAAGGCGCAUGAGGCGCGUCUUGUGCAGCAGCAGGUCGAGGGCGGCCGUGCCGCCAUGCUCCAAGCGGAAAUUGACACGUGUCGCACGUCGCUGGACAAGUGGCGGUCUUCGAUGGAGGCGGCGCAGACACGUCUCAAGGAGGCCACGGCACGCACCGCCUCGAUUGUGCGCGAUAUCUCGGAGUUUGACACCGACAAGGAAGCCAAGGUCGGCCAAGUGCGUGCGUCGUGCAAGUCGAUGAAAGCCCAAUUUGUCGAGCGAGCGAAAGAACUCAAGCAGCGGCAAAGUUCGCUGCGCUCCUCGGAACUGGCGUGCCAACAGGCGCGUAUAGAGGUGGAACAUGCGCAGGAGCGACUCGAUGAGGCGCAUGCAUCGCUGCAGCAAGCUGAUGACGAGCUGCAGGCCAGCUCGUCGCACAUGCAUCUUCUGCAAACGCGCGUAGCGGAAAGUGAAGCGGCGAUGGCUGAAACACGUGCUGCCAUGGCAGCGUGUGACGACCAAGUUGCUGAGCUCCAAGCGGCCUUGCAAGCCAAAAAGGCUUCCGUGGCCGAUGGCGAGCUGCAGCUCAAGCAGUGGCAUCGCGAACUUGAGCAGCUCGAGCAUGUACAUGCCACGGCACAGCGCCACAUCACGGCACUCGAGACGGCUUUUCCCUGGAUCUUGGACGAAUGCCACCUGUUUGGACAGCCUGGCUCGGCGUACGAGUUUGCCAAGCACAACAUGGACGAUGUGCGUCGGCAGUGCAAGCGGCUUGACGAGCAGCAGAGCGGACUUCGUCGGCGCAUUAACCCGCGCGUCAUGCAUAUGAUCGACAAUGUUGAGAAAAAGGACGCGAGUCUGCAGCAUAUGCUCUCGACGGUGCUACGUGACAAGAACAAAAUCGAACAAACCAUCGAGGAGCUCGAUCGAUACAAGCGCGAUGCCCUGCAGACGACGUUUGAGCAGGUGAAUCGUGACUUUGGCGCUAUUUUUGGCGAGCUGCUACCGGGCAACUACGCCAUGCUGCAGCCGCCCGAGGGACAAGACGUGACGCAGGGCCUGGAAGUGCGCGUGCGGCUCGGCGCGACGUGGAAGCAGAGUCUUACGGAGCUGAGUGGCGGUCAGCGCUCGCUUAUUGCUCUCAGUCUCAUCAUGUCGCUUUUGCAGUUCAACCCAGCGCCCAUGUACAUCCUGGACGAGGUCGAUGCGGCUCUGGACCUGUCACACACACAGCACAUCGGUCAUUUGUUCAGCACGCGAUUCAAGGGAUCUCAAUUUAUCGUCGUGUCACUAAAAGAGGGUCUAUUUUCCAAUGCGAACGUGCUCUUCCGCGCCCGUUUCCGUGACGGCACCAGUGUGGUAGAGCGCGUCUCGCACAAGGCAGGCACGGCCUCGGCGCCUCGUCGUACUACCGCCAGGUCCUAG